AUGUCACAACUUAAGUUCUGUUCUCGAAGAUCCCCAGUGGUUUGCAGUAGUGGUUGUGUUGCAUCAAGCCAGCCUCUUGCGACCAAUAUUGGUCUUGAUAUUUUAAAGAGUGGUGGCAAUGCUGUAGAUGCUGCUGUGUCUGUAGCAGCUGCUUUAAAUGUCACUGAACCAUGCAGCACUGGCAUAGGAGGAGACUGCUUUUGCCUCUAUUACGAUGCGAGCACAAAGCAGGUGCAUGGCCUCAAUGGAAGUGGCCGGGCUCCACAGUCACUGACCUUUGAGCUGUUGAAAGAACAUGGUUUCAGUGAAGCAAAUCCUCCACCCCCAUUACAUGCAUAUAAUGUCACCGUACCUGGUGCAGCAGCUGGCUGGUGUGAUGCUGUUGCCCUGUAUGGAAGCAAAAAGCUUUCCAUGGGGCAGAUUCUGCAGCCAGCUAUAGAACUGGCUGAAAAGGGGUUUCCUGUUUCAGAGAUUACUUCCUACCACUGGAAGCAGAAUGUUCAUGCUCUCCAGACUCCUGGAAACAUACAUGGGAAAGACCUACUGAUUGAUGGUAAAGCACCUGAUCAUGGCCAAGUUUUCUGCAAUCCAUUUUUGGCAAACACUUUUAAGGAGCUGGCAAAAUUGGGUAAACAAGGCUUCUACGAAGGCCAUGUUGCUGAAGCUGUUGUGAAGGUUAUUCAGAAUAAUGGUGGAGUAAUGGAUCUAGAAGAUCUGAAAAGCCAUGUCACUGAGGAAGUCAAACCUAUUGUCACAAAUUACAAGGGUGUGAAUAUUUGGGAAAUCCCUCCAAAUGGACAAGGAAUCACAGCUUUGUUAGCCCUGAACAUUUUAGAAAAUUUCAACAUGAAUGAACUGGGUCAUAAUACUCCUGAUUAUUUACAUGUUCUAAUUGAAUCUGUCAAAAUCAGCUUUGCCGAUGCGCUCUGGUUCUGUGCAGAUUCAGAAAAGGCUUCCGUACCUACAGUAAAACUCCUAUCAAAAUCUUAUGCUAGAGACCGUUCAAAGUUAAUUGAUCUACAGAGAGCAACUUCCACACUUAAUCAUGGAAAUCCUUUCAUGGUUGGAAGUGACACUGUUUACUUCACAAUGGUGGACGCCCAAGGCAAUGCCUGCUCUUUCAUUAACAGCAACUAUAUGGGAUUUGGCACAGGGCUGGUACCAGAUGGCUGUGGCUUUACCUUACAGAAUAGAGGUGCCAAUUUUUCACUGCAGCCCGAUCACCCAAACUGCCUGGCUCCUAAGAAGCGGCCAUAUCACACAAUUAUACCUGCUCUAGCAACUGCUGCAGACUCUGGGGAACUUCUCUGCUCUUUUGGAGUAAUGGGUGGGUUCAUGCAGCCUCAAGGACAGGUACAGGUCCUACUGAACAUGUUGGAAUUUGGGAUGAACCCACAAGAGGCCUUGGAUGCUGCUCGUUUUUGUGUUGAAUACAACAACAAAACAGAUGCAUGGUACAUCUCCUUGGAAGAUGGUAUCCCUCAGUACAUUGCAGAAGCAUUGAGAGUCAAGGGCCAUACCGUCAUGGUGCCUGUAACUGGGCACAGCAGGAGCAUGUUUGGACGUGGUCAAAUUAUCACCAAAGGAGACUGGUGGAGGCAGCCCUGGAGAACACUUUCUUCUUCAAACAGUGUCUACUGGGCUGGAUCCGAUCCUCGAGCUGAUGGUUGUGCAUUGGGAUACUAGCAGAAAUAAUUGUGUAGGAAGCGGGUAAAAUCAAAUUCUAAAGUGUCUCAAAUGCUAAUAUGCUGGAAAAUGGAUCAGAAUAUGAAUGUUUGAUCCAUGGCCAUAACUCAGUGAUAAAGCAUAUGCUUUCCAUGUAGGUGUCAAUUUCAGUCAGAGGUAUCUCCUGCUUGAUACUAUGGAGAACAUAGCUGUCAAGGGUAGAAUGAACUGGGCUAGAUAGACCAUAGGGCAGACUCAACAUAAGCCAGCUCCUUCCAUCUGUAUAUAUCUCCAAAUGUCAGGUUGUGGGGGACCUGGGACAAAGCUCUGAACUGGCCUCCCUAUGACAUUUGGGCCCCUAAUACCCCCCCUCCCUUGACCAUGUGAUGGUCAGUGGCUCCUCCACAUACCCCACCAGAGAAGGGUGAAAUCCUUUAGUGGUGACAGCAUAUGCUCCCCCUCCUACACACACACACACACACACACACACACACACACACACUAAGACGAGCAGCUGCUGUGUCUCAUCCCUGUUCACCAACGGGGCCAGACAGAGGGUGGGAAGAAGAGGAGCUGCCCCUCAAAGGCUGUUAGAGCUCCUACUCCCACCCUCUCCAUUGGCCAAUGGGCUUUCUCCCAAAUGCUUCUGUUUAAGCUCAUUUGCAUGUGGGAAAGGCAGGAGGAGGAGCUGCCAUGCAAGUCUCUUGGCUCAGAGAAUCAUGUGGAAGUUGCUUCUCCUG